CGAGGGAUACCGCUUCGGGCGAAUAUUUUCUCGCCGAGUGUGGCUCGCUCUUUUUUUGUUUUUUUUACAACCAAGUUUCUUCAGUAUGUGACCCCGGAUGGCUCGCGCGAUCUGUGAAGGCAACGGCGCAAGCUUGACCUAAACGAUUCCUUGUAGAAACGAGUGGAUCUUCGAAAGGGGUGUUCUAUUCCCCGUGGAUUAUUCUGGAUGGAUAAGCGACGGCUUUUCAUGUCGCCGAGUUGACUCCCUUGUUCCUGGUGGUCCAAUGUGGACGCAUUCGGUGCGGGAUUGACUCGUAUUUGAGCAGAAGUAGGACAGGGGAGGAUGUCACACCACAGUGAUGAUGCUCUGCUGGUGGCUAGCAGCGAUAGCUUCUGGGAACCAGGCAACUACAAGCGCACCACCAAGCGUACGGAGGACGGUUUCAGACUCUGCAAUGACCUCAUCCAGCUCAUCCAGGAACGGGCCGACGUAGAAAAGUCUUAUUCCAAAGGCCUGCGAAGCUGGGCUCGCAAAUGGGCCGAUCUCAUUGAGAAAGGCCCCGAAUACGGGACCACAGAAGCUGCCUGGAAGGGAGUGCUACUGGAGUCUGAGAGGCGAAGCGAGAUGCACACUCGGGUCAAGGACCGUCUGCUCAACGACGUCAUUGCGCAGGUUAAAUCGUGGCAGAAGGAAAACUUUCACAAGUCUAUGAUGCAGCUGAAGGAGCGUCGAGAGAUGGAUGAAGCAUUCAAGAAGGCUCAGAAGCCCUGGGCCAAACUGCUGGCACGAGUUGACCGGGCAAAGGCAGAUUACCACAGCGCAUGUAAAGCCGAACGUUCAGCAAUUAACCAGGAACGAAAUGCUGGGGCUGACUCGUCGCUCUCACCUGACCAGGUGAAGAAACUUCAGGACCGGGUAGCACGCAGCAAGGAGGAAGUCCAGAAGACGAAGGAACGGUAUGAGACGGCACUGCAUGACAUAAACGAUUACAAUGCCAAGUACAUGGAGGACAUGACGGUGGUCUUUGAUAAGUGUCAAGAGUUUGAGCAGCGCAGGCUGGCCUUCUUCAAGGAGAUGCUCUUUGGGAUCCACGCGUGCCUCAACGUUGCUACGGAUCCAGAGUUGCCGCAAAUCUAUGAAGAAUACCGGCACACAAUACAGAAUGCGGAUGCCUCAAAGGAUUUGAAGUGGUGGUCAAACAACCAUGGUGUAGGGAUGGCAAUGAACUGGCCUCAGUUUGAGGACUACUGCGAGGAAUUCCGGGACAUCAUCGGGAAGAGCAGCAAGAAAGCGACUAUACCCGAGAGCGGCAUCAUGCUCGUCAAUCAGCAAAAGAUCGGCGAGGAGUUGCCUGAAUACACUCCAGAAGUGCAACACAUCAGUCGAAAGGAGAAGAAAUCUGCGGUUGAUGGCGGCGGAGGCAUCACGUUGACGAACGUCACUACCCGCCCAGAACCAGCACAGCAGAUAACAACGAACGCGAAGAACAGCAAGGCCAAAGAAGCAGCGCCCUCAAAUAACACCAAUCGCAACUCUGUUAACACGGGGACGAAGUCCUCCAACCCGUUUGAGGAGGACGAGGAAGACGACGUGGAUUCCACGCCGACACAACCUUCGACGACUGACAUGAAUGGACGAGGAGAACCAAACCCUUUUGAAGAAGAACAUGAGGAUUGGGACGAAGAAUCGAAUGAUGCACUUGUGGACAAUGGUGAACCAGGCGUUCCUGUCAAAGCACUUUAUGAUUACGAGGGUGCUGAGGCAGAUGAGUUAUCUUUCAAACAAGGCGACGCUUUCGAGAAGUUAGAGGAUGAAGAUGAACAGGGCUGGUGCAAAGGCCGAAAGGACGGCCGGGUUGGUCUCUACCCCGCCAACUAUGUGGAAGUCAUCACCUCUGCUCCCGCUCGGAUAAAGUGAUUCCCUUUCACCCGAGGGUGCUAAGCUCCCUUGUGUUGCCGCACGUUGGACAUGUGACAAGGGUGCUGUGCUUGUGCAGACUUGGGAUGUGCGCGCACAUGGGGGUCUGAUACAGGGGAACAGGACACGUGCAAUUUCAUAGUUGGAGAGUUGGAGUAGAGAACUGAUUUCACCUUCCCCGUAUUGCUUUUAAAUAUAUAUAUAUACUUAUCACAAACCUUUGGGGUCUGUAAUUAAACGGGUAACCCACUGUCGUUGCACCAGGAGGGUUUCUUGGAAAGGCUUCGAGUUCUCAAGAAAUCAAGAUUUAUGUUUGUGUUUUUGUAAUUGCUCUUUUUUUUUGUGUAUUGUUGCUAUAGGUUUCUUGUUCUUGUCGGACAUAAAGUCGCUAGUGUCUACGAGUAGCAUGCACAACGAAUGCUAGUGAAACCUUCUUUUUCUUUUUCUUUUUAUACUGCUUGUCUUAAUGCUUUCGAGACUGACACUAAUCUAGUUUCAGGGGGUCACUAUAGCCGUUUCCUGAAUGCGUGUAUAGUGGCUUAUAGAUCUACUCCAGUGGAGUUGUAACCCCCCCAAAAUUGUUUUUAAAUUUUUUUAACUUCCUAAAUUGAUAUCUCUGCAGGCAGUCCACUUUUCUCGGCAUGUUGAAGUUGCAAGCAUUAAGUUUCCGAAUGCAGCCAGCUGUGUAAUUCUGUACCCAUGUGUUACUGUAUGGGCAUGGUUUUGGGACCCUUCCGUAGUUUGGUUGUUGUAUAUGAUUUAUUUAGCAAGCCACGUGUACAAGCCAGACUGUCAGGCUAGAAGAAGCCACAGGGUCUGUCAGUGGACUCUGUGUGGACUCUCAGAAUGAUGUGGACUCAGUGUAAACAGUCAGUUGUACCUGUUGUGUCCUUCCUCCCUUUGAGAACCGUCAUGCUGUUUGCAGAUGAAACAUUAUGUUCUCAGUUGCCAUGGCUACGAUAGCCAGCUCUACAUGUCUGUAUGUACAUAAGAGAUUAUUCUCGUGAAAGCUUUCUAAUGAGCCCAAUGUGUAUUCCAGGUUUUUGCGUCCUUCUGAGGUUGUUUAGAACAAAUCCUAGAAGGCUUUUCAAGAAAUCCAAAUUCUUCCAACAUGUCUACAGUUUGUUGUUUGAAACAUUAAGACAUACUCUAUUAAAGGGCCACUCCAAUCGUAGAUACGAACUUUUGCUUUGCUAGAAAUUUACUGUUUCGUGGAUUGCAUGCCUAGCAUUGCUUCUGCCAGAAUUCUGUGUGAAGCUUAGUGUAAAAUAUCAUUUGGGUGAUGUAAUUUGCCUGUGGGUGAAGGUACGUGUGGAUCUUUUCAUGUCUCGAAUUUAACCAAUUGAGUAACUGAUAACCAGAAGUUGUUAUGCAGAAGGUUAAGGAAGGUGUUAUCAUGGCUUCUGCAAGGCCAUUGAGACAUUGGAAAACCGUUUAGAAGGCCUAAGUGUCCCGGGUUCGAUUUUCUAAAACCGAAGUCUCUAAUUUUUCUACAAAUCAUCUUUGAGCUUCUGAACCUGUCUUAACUAAAUCUAUCUUGCAUGUUUUUUUACUGAUCAUGUAUUUGCUGAUCCCAAGCCUUAACUCCAAUACAGCAAAUUUUGUAAGCCUUUUGCUACUACGCUGCGUUGCUGUUGCAUGCAUAAAGAUGCAUAACAUGGGAUGACAAUAUAAAAAUGCAAGUUUGUUGCAGCCCAUUUCAGUUUUGCAAUUUCUGUUCACCAUAGCUUUCACCAUAUUUCUUUCGGAGCAGUCUCCUCGAAGGUUUCAUGACACCGCGAUGUCAUGCUAUUGUGACGAAAUUGUUGCAGGAACACAGAUGAAACAGUUUUGUUCGGAUACUAUCAGGGAAGUCGUUCUCUCUUGGUAUUGCAUGAUUUGGAUCUCGUUUUAUCCAAGAAAUCUGUCCGUAUGAGCAAACGCAACAGACAUGUCAUCGCUGACCCAAACUCAAAAGUCGUAUCAUUUAAAUCUGAUUUCACAGCUCCUUUUGGCUCACGUCCUCAAAGUGUGAUAUAAUGGAAUAAAUGUCGUACUUGGAGAUGGUAGCAGCCAUUUCAACACUGGUGUCUGGCAUUGUAAAUAUUGUCACGCAUUUACCUUCCUCGUAAUGGCACUUAUUGCUUCGGCUAUGUACGUGGAUGCACGUACGAUGGACAUGUGCGCGUGGACCACGCAAUCUGGGCAUGCAAUGCUUCUAGGACGCGGAACAUUGAGCUUUCUCGUUGUGCAUCUGUUCAGAGUGCAAGUGUACAUAAAGUGGUUCUAUAGCUAGUUGUCUCUAGAUGUUUUCCAGGGCGAGAAGUAUUCGCUUCAAGGUAUACAAGAAAUUUAAAACUGGAAAACAAUAUUUUCUGCAGGAUAUGAAGCAUGCAAUGAUGCAUGUUUUGCAUCUAGGAUACACGAGCAUGCACUAAUAAAGUUAUGAUGAACAGUU